CUGUCUCAACUAUAUAAACAGCCCAAGUCUACCAUCCCCUGCCCCCCAACUCUAACUAUAGAGAAGAAAGAGAUGAUGAUGCUGAAGUUGAGAUCAAAAAGGUUUUCCAGGAGCAACUCUAAGCUCAGCAGCGGCAGCGGCAAUGGUGCCGGAGGGGAUGGAAAAGGGUGUGGAGGUGGAGGUGGAGGUGGUGGUGUUGGUGAAAUCAAAUGGGAACAACGUCCUGGUGGGAUGCUUGUUCAGAAGAGAGACAAUAAUGGAGAAGAAGAGCUGAUCACAUUAAGAAUCUCAUCUGUCUCUCAAUGCCAUGAUAUUACCAUCCAACCAACUUCAACUUUUGGAGAAUUGAAGAUGAUAUUGUCAUUGGUGACUUGUAUGGAGCCAAGAGAACAAAGGCUAUUGUUCAAAGGAAAGGAGAGAGAAGAUAGUGAACACUUGCAUAUGGUUGGGAUUAGAGACAAGGACAAGGUGUUGUUGUUGGAGGAUCCAGCCAUCAAGGAGAGAAAACUCAUGGAAUUGGCAAGAACAAGAGGUCAAGCCAUUGGGACUCCUUAUCACACCAUUAGUGUCUAACUCUAAAUUUAACAUAUUGUUCUCUACUAACCACAAUUAAAAAUAGAUAAAUUUUUUUUUUUUAUGCGGUGAUGUUUUUUUUUUUUUCUUAUGAGUUUUGGCAUUUUGUGAUCUAUAUAUAAUACACUAAUGUUAAAAAUACACGGAUCGCAAAAAGUGUAAGGAAAGACUAAAAGAUUUAUUCUAAAUGUGAACUCAUUCAUAACUAUAACUUUUUUUAGAUAUUAUAACUGGAUGUAAUCAUAGUCUUUCAUUGUAUUGUUUUGUAAAUCAUUCUGUAAUCCAUUCUAUACUUUUCACAUUA